UAACUAGCUGGCUAAGCAUGUGGAUCCUCAAUGAGCACUGUUUAGCGUGAGAAGUGUGCCUCUUGGGCAUCAAUAUGAAGACAGAAGAAGGCACUAUUUGACAGAUCAAUAACAGAGUUUAUCUCACUGGAAUAAUUGCAAAUGUAGCUAGAUACACAAACAUCGAUUUAAGUGGAAAUCGUAAGUUUUUAGCCACAGUGAGUUAGCUAACCAUAACGAGACAGCAAAAAUGAACUUGUCUUUUGACGAUCAGUCACUGGAUAAUCUGGAUCCAACUAUAUCCCUAAAUGACCCCAGCGAUAUUGACACGGCUCUGCUCAAUGACAUUGAUGACAUGCUGCAGCUCAUCAACAACCAGGACAUGGUGGAGUUCAACCAGGACAUGGCGGGUCUCUUUGACCCCCCUCAGUUCACAGGGGUCACCCCUACCCAGGACCUCCCUGCCCUCAGCCUGCCCCACUCCACCACCUCUCCUCCAUCCACCACCUCCUCAAUCCUGAGCAGCAGCCCCCACCUUGAUGCUCUCCUGGGGCCCCCCAUCAUCCGCAGUUCCUCCCCCCCAGACAAGGCCUUCCACCCCACCACCUUCCAGCAGUCGCCCCUGGCCCAAGUCACCACCUCCACCCCUGUACCACUACCUAGGCCGCAGCCAGCUCCCCAGCAGGGCUCUCCAUCAGCCCAGGCUGCUCAGGGUCUCAGGCAGCCCAAGGUGGACCUGCCCCUGCCGGUCCUCCCCCCAGCCCCUGUUCCAGUCCAGCUUCCUCCCCCAGCCUUCCCCCAUACUGUACCCGGCCAGAGCCCCGUGUUCAGCGCCGCCCCCCAAGCCCUGUUCACCUCUCCUGCCCCCCAGCAGUCCCAGGCCCACACCCAGCAGAUACGGAUUAACUACAGCACCCAAAAUGGCUACAAAGCUGUCAAUCAUCAAGGAGGCCCCGUCCAGCCCAUGGUCAGCCUGUCGUCGUCCCCUUCCGGGGUUCAGCCAAUGACCAUCCAGGCUCUGACCACCACGGCCCCCCUCCUGACCACCUCAGCAAGCCCCCCAGCUCAGACCAUCGCAUCACAUCACAUUCAACAAGUAUUGCUCCAGCCCCAGUUUAUCAAGGCUGAGUCUCUGCUGCUGACCACCCUGAACCGUGACCCCUGUAUGGUCACUACUGUGGCCUCUCCAUGCAUCACCUCCCUGGCCACCACCACAUCCCAGAGCACCCACUCACUGCAGGCUCUGAUGAGUGGUGGCACCUUCCUGACCACAGUGCCAGUGAUGAUGGACUCUGACAAGCUGCCCAUCAACCGUAUCACAAUCAGCAGUAAACCUAUGGGCCUGCCCCCCAAGGGCGAGAAGCGCACCGCCCACAACGCCAUCGAGAAGCGCUACCGCUCAUCCAUCAACGACAAGAUCCUUGAGCUUAAAGACCUGGUGGCCGGGACUGAGGCCAAGCUCAACAAGUCAGCAAUUCUGAAGAAGGCAAUAGACUACAUCCGCUACCUGCAGCAGUCCAACCAGAAACUGAAAAAAGAGAACAUGGCCCUGAAGAUGUCUGCCCAGAAGAACAAGUCUCUGAAGGACCUGGUUGCCAUGGAGGUGGAUGGCCCACAGACGGACGUAAAGAGCGAGCUACCCACCCCGCCACCAUCCGACGUGGGCUCUCCCACCUCCUACUCCCACUGUGGCAGCGACUCAGAACCCGACAGCCCCAUGGGGGAGGACAGCAAGCCGGCGGUCAAUCUGAUGGAGACGUCCUCGUCCACUCCGGGCAGUGCUGGCAUGCUGGACCGCUCCCGCAUGGCGCUGUGCACAUUCACCUUCCUCUUCCUCUCCCUCAAUCCCCUGGCUGCCAUGCUGUGUGGAGGGAUGGGCUCCAGCACCACCGCUAACAACCAAGCAGUGCAUCCUGGGACAGGCAGGAUCAUGCUGGGCCUAGACAACGCAGCUGACUCGUGGGGCUGGAUGGACUGGGUGCUACCCACUCUGUUGGUGUGGCUGCUGAAUGGUGUGCUGGUGGCUGGGGUUCUGGUCAGAGUGUUGGUCUAUGGAGAGCCAGUCACCAGGCCCCACUCUGGAUCCUCCGUGCUGUUCUGGAGGCACCGCAAGCAGGCAGACCUCGACCUGGCACGGGGAGACUUUGCCCAGGCCAGUCAGAACCUAUGGACCUGCCUCAAGGCUCUGGGUCGCCCCUUACCCACCUCUCAGUUGGACCUGGCCUGUGCCGCCCUGUGGGCCCUGCUCCGCCUCUGCCUCCAGCGACUAGGGGUGGGUCGCUGGUUGGCUGCCAGGGCUGGGGGGCUCCGCGCCAGGGGGCUCCGGGAGGAUGCUCGCAUGAGCAGCCGCGACGCUGCCCUGGUCUACCACCGCCUGCACCAGCUGCACAUGACCGGUAAGCUGGGCGGUAGCCACCUGUCUGCGGUUCACAUGGCUCUGAGUGCUGUAAACCUGGCAGAGUGUUCAGGCUCCUGUCUCCCCGUGGCCACGCUAGGAGAGAUCUACGUCUCUGCAGCCCUACGAGUCAAAGCCAGCCUACCCAGACUCCUUCACUUCUCCUCUCGUGUGUUCCUGAGCAGUGCCCGCCAGGCGUGUCUCUCCUCCAGUGGCAGUGUCCCCCCGGCCAUGCAGUGGCUCUGUCACCCUCUGGGCCACCGCUUCUUUGUGGAUGGGGACUGGGCCGUCCGCAGCACCCCCAAAGAUAGCAUCUACAGCCAGGCAGGGAACACAGUGGACCCUCUGGCCCAGGUGACCCAGGCCUUUAGGGAACACCUUUUGGAGAAGGCUUUAUACUGUGUGGCCCAGCCCCGGGGGGAGAAGAUCCCCAGUGAUGGAGAGGGGGAGUAUGCGGAUGCUCUGGAGUACCUUCAGCUGUUGGCUAGUGCAUCAGACGCCGCCGGAGCCAACACCCAGUCCUUCGCCAUCGGAUCCAACAUGGCCACCGUCACUGGCUGUGACCUUCAUUCCAAAUGGUGGUCGUCGGUUGCCGUGGUGAUCAUUAACUGGCUUCAAGGAGACGACGCAGCGGCUGAGAGACUGUACCCCGCCGCCGAGCACCUGCCCCGUAGUCUACAGACUGCAGAGAGUCCGUUGCCCAAGGCGUCUUUGAACACGUUCCGGGCGGUGCGCGCCAUGCUGACCAAACCAGAGAACUGUCAGCUGAGUCUGAGCCACAGUGAGAGGGCCAGCGGCCUGCUGAGAGACAGCCUCAACCUGGGACCACACUGUCACAGCAGCAGCCUAGACAAGGUGGUCCAGUUGCUGCUGUGUGACCUGCUGCUGGUGAUGCGGACUAACGUGUGGCGUCUGCAGCAGAGCUCCAGUCCCGGGGGUCUCUCCUUGCAGGCCUCCCCAGCCGAGCUGCACGGCUUCCAGCAGGACCUCUCCUCCCUCAGGAAGCUGGCCCAGAGCUUCAGGCCCGCCAUGCGCAGGUUGUUUCUUCAUGAGGCAACCGCCAGGCUGAUGGCUGGGGCCAGUCCCACGCGAACACAUCAGCUCCUGGACCGCUCGCUCAGACGCAGAGCCACCCCCGGAGCCAAGACGGAGGAGUGUGAGAUGCGUCCUGGCCAGAGGGAGCAGGCUGAGGCGGUGAUGUUGGCGUGUCGCUACCUGCCCCCCUCCUUCCUGUCGGCACCGGGCCAGCGGGUGGGCAUGCUGGCGGACGCAGCCCGGACACUGGAGAAGCUGGGGGACAAGCGCACCCUCCACGACUGCCAGCAGAUGAUCAUUAAGCUGGGCAGCGGCACCACUGUCACCUCUGCCUAGACGAUACAGAGCGAGGCAGAGAGACCAGCCCCACACACACACACACACACACACACAAAUGGAUGAAGGAGGUUUUUGGCAUUUGGCCUGCAGCUGACGAACAGACGUACAGACAGUCUAACUAGACUUUGAGAAUCAUAUCAGGCAUACAGACAGACGAAUGAACAUACCUGACAGUUACCUGCCAUUAGUUUCAUAUCACCUGUCAGUAGACAGCUCUCAGAGUGACAGUUUAGCAGGGGAGGACUUCACCCCAGUAAAGUGUUGCUGUUGACAUUGUUGACAUGAUCUGUCAUGUAAGCUAGUCAUCAUCCACCAGGAUAUAUAGGUUCACGUUUCUGGUUAUUUUCUAUUCCCCUGCGUGAAAUGCACUGUAGUGGCGGAGUGUGUCCACUGGGUGGGGUUCUGGCGCCCUCUGCAGGACUGUGAAGGUGUGAUGGCUGGAAGUGUGUGUGUUUAAAAAAUAUAUAUUUUACCUUUAUUUAACCAGGCAAGUCAGUUAAGAACAAAUUCUUAUUUUCAAUGACGGCCUAGGAACAGUGGGUUAACUGCCUGUUCAGGGGCAGAACAACAGAUUUGUACCUUGUCAGCUGUGUGUGAGAGAGAAGGGGAAAGGUUUUUUACCUGCAGUUGUACACUACUAGCCUCAUGUUUUGAUUGGACGAUGCACCUUACAAAGCGAAGCACUCUGUUGUGAUUGGUGUGUUUAGAGAGUGGCUGUCUGUCUGACUGGCUGCGAUGGGAGGAGCAAACUGCGUUGGGACAGACUGGUCUUUUUGAGGAGCACAACAUUUCAGAAAUAUAUCGUAUAGAGCAGACGGGUUUCUCUAUCAUGUUGAAAAGAGGACCUUGACAGUUCUAUACAUUGUGUUUCUAUCUGCGAUGGUCUGAAAUGUUGCAUCUCUGUCAUGUGGUUUAAUCUGCACUGGCCCAGAGGGGCUGUAUUUGAGGAGUUCUGUAAUAUUGUAGCUUUUCCUUUUCAUAUUAUUUUCUUUGUUGUUGCUGUGUAUAUAUUUUACAAUGUAUUUAUAAUCUGUCUGAGAUUUGUUCUGCUGAUCAGUAUUUUCCAUUGGCCGGGUGAUCAUUUACUUUCCACCCUCAUUGUGUAGCAUAGCCAGAGGCUUGGGGUCCAAUGGGGAGUAUGGGUGAGUCCCAAAUGGCACCCUAUUCUCUAUAUAGUGCACUACUUCCUAUAGACCCUAGUCAAAAGUAGUGCACCCCACAAGGGAAUAGGGUGCCAUUUGGUAUGUGUUACUCAACCUAUGUUUGUUGCCAUAGUUGGUAAGUGUAUCAAAAAGGGGACAGUGUCCAUGUGCUUUUGGGGCCAAGGAGUGUCAAAGACCAUUCAAUAUUGUCAUCAGACUCAUGUGAGCGUUUGCACUAUUGCGCAAGGUGUGUGCUGCCAUUAUGAUGAUAUCAGAAAGAGUUGGAGGUGUUGAGUCCUCGAGCGAUAGGCUCCAGUCUAGGGUUGAGCCGCUGGGCCACCCAUAACAGAACAUUGACUUUAAUGGGAAUGUCCAUUCUAGUAAUUCUAUUUCUAUGGUGGUGACCCCCCCCCCCCAAGUCACUCCGUUCAAGACCAAUAGUUUACAAAAGAGCCCGAGUCUUAUCUAGUAUUUCUAGAUCUCAUGAUUUAAUUGACUCUUGUUAUUAUCAUCUCUUCUUCAAAAGAAGGCCUGUAGCGAGGCUGCCACACCCUCCUGUAGUCAGGCCCCUGGGUCCUGUUCACUAGGCCCCAAAUGGAAGAAAAUGGGUUGUUCUUGUCCAAUAAGAAACUGUCAUUUUUGUUUUCCGUUGAAAAACGUUUUUAAAACGUGUGCUCCUUUUGAACAGGACCCAUAUGUUAAAAAGACAGAGUGAAAGGGUACAACCCUGUUCCAGAACCACAGUUUUUGUUUUCAGAAGACUAAAACCCCAUUUGGUUCUUUAGCAUGCUUUUGUUGUGUUUAUCCCAGGACAUGCUAGUUUGUAAUAGUGUAUCAUUGUAAAUGACUGACUGAGGGACACUGGACUGAUGAUUCCUUCCCAGUGUGUUGGGUCAGUCUGUGGUGUGACUGUGUUAAAUCAUCACAACCACAUCUGAACAUGUAGUAUUAUUAUUAUUUAGUUUCUUAAUCAACAUAUUCUUUCCUUCCCUGUCUUUCUCCUUCUUUGCUCAUUGGUUUAUUCCUGGAUAUGUAAAUAAAAAUACAAUUUUGUAACGAAA